GUGUGGACGCAGCAACAAGUGCCAGCAGCAGCAGCAACAGUAGGAGCAGCAACAGUAGCAGUCGUAGGAGCAACAGUUGCAGCAGCUGUGCGAUUAUUGUUGAAGCACAACAAGUGCCAAGAGCAAGAGAGAUUAAAACAGAGAGUGAGAGAACUCUCUGGAUUCGCGCCACGUUUCUUCAAUUAGUUUGUGCAGAGUGCAAGACAUUUAAAUAUAAAUUCGCAUUACGACUACAAUUUCAUCAAAUUAAGCGAAACGAAAUAAAUUCAUUAAACGAACUCAACUCAAUUGGCAACCGCAUCUACAACUACAACUGCAUCUGCAACUACAACUGCAACGGACGCAGCUGAAAGUGAAAGGAAACAGAAAAAAGGGAAGCGAUAUAGCGAUAAAACGAGAAAACACAAAAUGCUACUCAAAGGCAUCCACUUGUUGCGAAGCGGACUUAUUGCGUCUCCCAAGAGCUACAACUUUCGCCUGGUCUGUCGUGCUCUCUCCGUGCAAUACGGCGAUGCAAAGACCUUGACUCCAGCAGUUAGGGAUUAUGUGGACAAGUGUGUCAACCUCUGCCAACCGGAGCGUGUUCACAUCUGUGAUGGCAGCGAGGCUGAGAGCAAGCUGCUGCAGAGCCUUAUGCUCAAACAAGGCACCAUUGUUCCCCUACCCAAGUACGAGAACUGUUGGCUGGCUCGCACCAAUCCCGCUGAUGUGGCGCGUGUCGAGUCGAAGACCUUCAUUUGUACGGAUCGCAAGGAGCAGACUGUGCCAGUGACACCCAAGGCGACGCCUGGCACCCUGGGCAACUGGAUCUCCGAGGCUGACUUGAAGGCGGCGAUCGCAGAGCGUUUCCCCGGCAGCAUGAAGGGACGCACCAUGUAUGUAAUUCCCUUCAGCAUGGGUCCAGUGGGCUCACCACUCUCAAAGAUCGGUAUCGAAAUCACAGACUCGCCAUACGUUGUCGAGUCAAUGAAGAUAAUGACGCGAGCCGGGUUCCCAGUGCUCCAAGUGCUGCAACAAGGCGACGGUCAGUUCGUCAAGUGUCUCCACUCGGUGGGUACGCCAGCCAGUGGGGUGCAGGCUCAGGCCUCCUGGCCCUGCGAUCCUGAGCGCACCAUCAUCCUGCACAAGCCUGCCGACAACGAGAUCGUUUCCUAUGGCUCUGGCUAUGGCGGCAACUCUUUGCUGGGCAAGAAGUGCUUCGCUCUGCGCAUUGGCAGCACCAUUGCCAAGCGGGAGGGUUGGCUGGCCGAGCACAUGCUCAUUCUGGGCAUCACCAAUCCGCAGGGAAAGAAGAUCUAUGUGGCUGCCGCCUUCCCCUCGGCUUGCGGCAAGACCAACUUGGCCAUGAUGACACCGACGCUGCCUGGCUACAAGGUGGAGUGUGUGGGCGAUGACAUCGCCUGGAUGAAGUUUGAUUCCCAAGGAGUUCUGCGUGCCAUCAAUCCAGAGAAUGGCUUCUUUGGCGUUGCCCCUGGCACAUCGCGAGCCACGAAUCCCAUUGCCAUGGACACCGUGUUCCGCAAUACGGUCUUCACCAAUGUGGCCUCCACCUCCGAUGGUGGCGUCUACUGGGAGGGCAUGGAGACAUCGCAACUGGCGAAUGUUACCGUUACCGAUUGGCUAGGCAAACUCUGGUCCAAGGAGUCAGGAAAACCUGCCGCUCAUCCCAACUCCCGCUUCUGCACGCCCGCUUCCCAAUGUCCCAUCAUCGAUCCCGCCUGGGAGGAUAGCGCUGGCGUGCCCAUCUCUGCCAUACUCUUCGGUGGUCGUCGUCCAGCUGGUGUGCCGCUCGUCUAUGAGGCUCGCGACUGGUCACAUGGUGUCUUCAUUGGAGCUGCCAUGCGCAGCGAGGCAACCGCAGCAGCUGAGCACAAGGCCAAGGUGAUCAUGCACGAUCCCUUCGCGAUGCGUCCCUUCUUCGGCUACAACUUUGGCGAUUACCUCGCCCACUGGCUGAGCAUGGAGAAGAGCGGCCAGGUGCCCAAGAUCUUCCAUGUCAACUGGUUCCGUAAGAGCAGUGAAGGCAAGUUCCUCUGGCCUGGAUUUGGGGACAACUCGCGUGUGCUGGACUGGAUCUUCCGACGUGUGGAGGGCGAAAAGUGUUACGAGGAGUCACCCAUUGGUCGUUUGCCCAGCAAGGAUGCACUCAAUGUGAGUGGACUGGAGGACAGUGUGGAUCUGAAGCAGUUGUUUGAUCUACCGAAGGAGUUCUGGCAACAGGAGGUCGCCGAGAUUGAGCAGUACUUUGAGGCGCAGGUGGGUGUCCAUCUGCCCAAGGAGGUGGCCACUCAGCUGGCCGAGUUGAAGGCGCGUGUGGCAGCCAUGUGAUGUGGGUUCCAUAGGUUAUUGCUAAUCAUAGUUUAUUAAGAGUCUACUAAUAAAAAGCGAGCAUGAGA